UUCGCGUGUAAAUCUGCGGUAGGCACGCACCACGCCUACUGAGACGCGUUUUCGCGGUUUUCCGAACGCAAGUCGAAGAGGUAGAUGUUCUAAGCGGACACGGGAAAUGUUCCAAGACCGGAGAAGACAACCAACCAACUGCAGGAAGUUAAUUGAGAAAUCGAUACCGAGCUGGGUCUGAAUAUAGGUCAAACCCUGUGGGACCUGUACUGGUGGUGCUGCAAGGUUUUGGCAUGAGUCGCAUGUUUCAUGUAGGCUUCCAAGAUGGCGGAAUGUGUUCGAGAAACCGAAGGCGAUCUGUUUGCCGCCCCGAAGGAUCACUCGCUAGCGCACUGUGUCGCCGCCGACCUCAAAAUGGGCGGUGGCAUUGCCGUCAAGUUCAAGCAGGUGUUCAAACAGGUCGAUGAACUCAAGGCCCAAAAGGUGGCCGUGGGGGGCGUAGCGGUUCUCAAGGAUGGCGAACGUUUCGUGUAUUACCUGGUUACCAAGCGGGGUUCGAUGGAUAAACCUACGUACGAUGAUCUGACCAAAUCACUGGAGGCGAUGCGGAAACAUAUGGAUGAGAACGGUGCAAAAAAGUUGGCAAUUCCUCGCAUAGGAUGCGGAAUCGAUGGACUUGAAUGGUCGAAAGUAAAAGGUAUUCUCAAUUCUACUUUUGGGCAAGAAAAAGAUGUAGAUAUUGUGGUGUAUAAUUUUGUUCCAAAAUAAGCUUAUAUGUCAUACUUGCAUGAUUUAUUAGUGGUGUUCCUUGCUAGUGAUUAAAUGCGACAGCCAUUGAA